AAGCGGCUGGCCGAACGAGAGAGGGGCUCGUUCUCCACACCCCGAGUGCCGGCUAGGGCUGCCGCCGCCGCCGCCGCCCCAAUCCUGCUCCGCCCGCCUCGUCUCUCCUUAGAGAGGAGAAAGAGUUGCUCUUCCAUGGCUGGCAGAGGAGCCGUCGCCCCCGCCGCCACGAUGGAGAUGGAGUACCUGAACUGAAAGAAGAGUGCGCCGGUGCUCUACGACCUCGUCAUGUCCUAGCCGCUCGAGUUGCCCUCGCUCACCUUCCAGUGGCUCCUUUCAGAGUCGCCGGCCUCCACCCGCUCCCACAGCCUCGUCCUCGGCACUCACACCUCCGAUGACUCCCCCAACCACCUCAUGCUUGUCGAUGCCGUGCUCCAGCCCCCGCCGCGCCUGGCCGUGGCGGCUGCCGCCAGGGCCGCGCCACCCCGUCCGUGUCCAUCGGUCACUCAGCGCCCCAUAAGGGGGAGGUCAACCGCGCUGGGAGCAUAUGUACGGCCUUGGGGAGGACGGCGUGGAGGUAUGGACUGGCGUGGAGCACGAUGAAGGAGGGGUUCCUGCUGAGCGGCUCGUACAAUAAGAAGAUUUGCAUAUGGGAUCUCAAGGCCGGGAAUCGAGCCCCAGUUCUGGAUGCGCAACAGGUGUUUGAGGUCGCCGUUAAGGCCUCGAGCUGGCUGCGAGCAAGCACGACCUCUAGCUCCUGCACCGCGAUUGCAGUCGCGCGGCUGAUGGCCACGGGCUGCUCCACGCACGGACGACAAGCACGGUGUCCGCGAUCAAGAUCCUUCUCUGCUGCAGGAGAACCUGAGAUGCGACAUCAACGUGGUGGUCAUAAUAUCAGAAAGGCAAGUUCUUAUGAAAGGAAGGCACCAUACCUUGAUUCCCAUUGGGCUGCAUAUCUGCUGCUUUGGUGUUCCUCCAGUCAGUGUGAAUGGCUGUUUGUAGGUCAAGAUCUCCGGCGGCAGGCCAACGGGCACCAUCUCGAGCCAUCGGCACGUAACCUGCAUCAGAGACAAGAAACACAAGGUCCAUUAUGAGGUGAGGGUUCUGCUGUCCCAAUUUUUCUUCCAGUUUAUGAUCCGGUUUCUUCCUGUCUUGAAGAUGAUCGACUGUUGCUUGUUUUUCUCUUCCUCCCAUGGUUCACUGAUGGGGCUGUAGUCUGUACUAGGAUUGAAGUAGGAAGCUGCCAGAGGUGUGUAAUUCAUGUACGGUGAGUGCUUUGCUUGGAUCAAUUGUAUGUACCCCCUGAGUUUUUAGAUUCAUAGCAGUUGACUGAUCUUAAUGUGGGGUGCUAUUUUAGUUAUAAAUGUUCUUUUCCUGAUGUAUAUGAAUGGUACUUUCUGGUUUGGCAAUGAAUAAUUUGUUCGGUCU